AUGAGUGAUCGAGACGAUUUUGCUGAAUUAGUUGCUAGUGCACGAAAUGUGACAAAAUGUCCGUCGUUUUAUUUUCAUGGUCGUAUUCGUUAUGGGACAAAAGGUGAAAAAGUCGAAGACAGAUUUUUGUGUACGGAGGCUGCCCGCGUGUAUAUUUGCUCAGUCAAAAUACCUGUUAAAAUCGAAUCACAGUUUAAUAUUCUAUCGAUUAAAGGAAUAGAACGAUUAAGCGAUUCACAUGUUAUUAUUGAAACGGAUGUAAAACAAAGUCAUUCAUUAUAUGGUUUUCAUGAUAAAGCAUCUUUGCAGCCAUUUCUUAUUAUUCUUAUUCGAACGAUCCGUACUGUUUUCCCUCAUCACUUACAAUCUAUCGUGGACAUUCGUCCAGAGAAUGAAUACGAUAGAUUAGUGCGUUUAUCAAAUGAAUAUUUUGAAGAUAAAUUAAGUGAUAUUCAUAUUUGUGGCGGUUUCUCGAUACGUUAUGAAUGUGCUUGUGAUUUUUAUCAAACUCCAUUGCAUCGAUCAGUACAAAAUCUUGUUGAUACAGUAUUCGCACAUCGAAUAUCACGUGAAUUUACAUUUCGUGCAUUCGAAUCUUAUACUCAAAAAGAUUGGUUACCAAUUAUUCGUGCACUACGUCAUAAUGAUUGGUUUACUAAAUUGACAAUUGAAAAUAUAAAAUUGUCAACGGAAUGUGCCGAAGAACUUUUUGCUGUAUUGCGUCUAAAUAAAACAAUAAAAGAUCUUGUUUUAUCGAACUGUGGACUAAGACAAGACUUCUAUGCACGAUUUGCUUCUCAUCUACCUGCUACCUACAUUGAAAACAUUGAUUUAUCGAAUAAUGCAUUUGAAGAUAAAGGUUUAAACGUAUUGAGCACGACAUUACAACAACGUAAACUACCCCUUCGCUCUGUCAAUCUUCAAUCAUGUUCAAUUACACAUAAAAGUUUAUCUCUUUUUAAUGCAACUUUGGCUAAUAAUAGCUAUUUAUUGAAAAGUCUUAAAAUUCUUAAUCUAUCUGGAAAUCGUAUUAAAGACGAAAGCUGUGUUACUGUUUUAUUUUCUAAUGGUGAAAAUGUGCUAGAAGAAUUACAUUUAAGUGAUAUUGAAUUCAGUCUUGACUCGUUUUUUAAUACAUUGUUGUCGUCAUGUUGUAAACUUCGUCGCUUGCAUAUAACUUCAACAAAAUCUUCUACUCCACUCACAAUACCCGGUGCUGUGAAAUUCUUUUUCACAAAAAAUCAAACGUUAGAAAUCUUGCAAAUAUCAAAUGCAAAUUUAUCAGUAGACUUUCUCAGAGAAUUAUUUGAUGGUCUUUAUUCGAACAAUUAUUUGAAAAAUCUUGAUUUACGUCUUUCUGGAAACCCACUUGAAGCAUUUCUUCGUGAACAUGGACCUCAUUUUGCAACUAUUCCUUGUCUAACUUACCUUGAUAUUAGUGGAUGUGAUUUGGAUAAUGAAGUUGUACCAUUAUUAGUCGAAUUGACGAGAAAUCAAAAAUUGAAAUCACUUCAUAUAGGCAAAAAUUUCACUAAUAUAAAACCAAAAAAUCUAUCACGAAUAAUGACUGCUUUGAAAGACCUUGCCGAAUAUAGUAAACUUGAAUUUUUAUCGAUCGCUGAUUCGCGAUUAAGAGAAAAUGUAGCAGACAUUCUUCUGCCAUUAACUGAUAAUACAUCAAUAAGAACUCUUGAUAUUCGAGGAAAUACAAUGGGCGAUGCUGGCGUACGAGCAUUGACUUAUGUAUUACAAAUUAAUCGGCAUUUACAUACAAUAUUUUAUGAUCGGAAUCUUCUUUCUUUGAACAAUUUUGAAGAUAUUGUUAAUGCUUUGCAAGAAAAUAAUGUUAUUCAGUAUUUACCGGUGCCAAUUACGGAUAUUAUCCUAAUGAAAACGUCAGAAAAAGAGCGCAUGGAAAAAUUGCAAUCUUUAAUGGUCAAACUUGAUUCUCUAUGUUUACGAAAUCAACAACGAGAUAAAAAUUCAUCUUCAACUGAUUCUUGUCUUGUAACAACAACAAUCGCUAAUUUAGCUACUGAAUUAACAAUGGCAUGGGAAAAUCAACAACAACUAUUUGGUGACCAAGUAUCACUUGAAUAUAUUCAAUCAUGUGCAAAUCGAGCAAAUAAUAAAAAUGAUGAAAUCAAAUCAAUUUUAACGCGACCAGCACACAUUCAUGAAGCUUCAUCUGAAUUGUAUAAUUUAUAUCUGGCUGAAGAGGAACGUUUAAAAGAUGAAUGGAAUGAUAUGUGCAAACUAUUCGAACAAAGAUUAUUGAAAACGCAAGAAAAUUUAUCGAAAAAAUUCUAUCAAUCAUUUAAAGAACAAGCAUUAAUUGCUUCUAACGAUAAAAUUCAAGAAGAAAUUCGAACACAUUUUUCAAAAUCAAACAAUAGUAUAAAUCAUUUAUUGUACACUGAUAUGCCUGAUAGAAUAGGAACAUACACACGUGAAUGUUAUAUUAAUGCUGCAACAUGUUUACAAAAACGUGCUUAUGAUGUUAUGAAUGGCAAGGCGACUGAUAUGCAUGAGCAAAUGAAAUCCACCAUAUUGCAAACAGCGGCUUCUUCGCCAUCAUCAACAGCAGAUGGACAACACCAUACACCAACAUCUACACUUGAUCGUUUGGUUAAUCGUGGUGCUCAAGUUGUUCAUCGUCUUGCUCAAAAAAAAACGAACACUCAACCAGAUGUUGUCGAUGACACUAUGAACUCUCGAGCAUUAAAACAAGCUGAGUCUACUGAAUAUGUUACAAAUCCAUCGCCAAAAGCUUCUACACCAGCAUCGAAAGAUAAUCGUUUAUUAGGAAAUACACAAAGUAAAGAUUCGACUCCUCCACUGGCAAUAUCACCAAAACCAUCAUCAAAUGCUAAUCAUCGUCGGACAGUUCUAGUUACUGCCAACGAACAAGAGUAUAAUCCAGUUUAUGAUAAUUUUUCUGUUUUAAAUCGAACGAAAAAACAAGAUAAUUCGUUCGAAGAUGAAGGUGAUCGUAUUGAAAAUGAUUUAUUAGAUUUGGUCAAACAAGAACAAGACAGAGAACACAGACGAAAUAUACCGCCUACAGUACCCAAUAAAAAACGAAUGGCAUUAUUAGGACAAGAGGAUAAUCUUGAAGUUGAACCAACGGCAAAAUUAGUUCAUCUAGCUAAAGAUCGACCUCGCCGUGGCAAUGUUCGACCGCCAGUGCGGAAAACAACAGAUGGUGUUUCACCUGAUAGUUCAUCUGAUGGUGGUCUUGAUAAUGAUGAUAAUAGCCUAGGAGAUGCGCUACCAACAUCAACUACUGAAUCAUCCAAUGCAAAUCUUCCUUAUAUCUCCAAUCUUGAUCCAUCAACAACAGAAUUACCACUAAAAACAGCAACCAAAAAUAAAACAGCAUUGUUACCGACAACCACACUACCACCACCAGUCCCUACUAAAAAUUUACAACGAACACCAUCGUUCCAGACACGUCUUGCAACAACUCAACAACAACAAACAUCGACACCCUUAUUAACAACGAAUCUUUCAUCACAAAUUAUAAAUUCAAAUUCAACACAAGAAUCACCAGAAUCAAAAUUUUCAAUGUCAAUGAGCCCACCGGCAUCGUCCGCAUUAACGAAUAAAGAUGAUCAAAAGGACUCAUAUAAUUCAUUAGAUAAUUUAUCAUCACAAGCACCACCAGUAGUACCUCGAACAGGCAAAGUUGCGCUUGGUACUCGUGUGCUUCCAGUACUAGAUCCCACUGGAGAAGGACCGGUGACUAGAUUAAGACAUUAUCAAUCAGACAAAAAAGCUAAUUCAUCUUCAGCAGAGAAUCAAGGAGGACCCGAUGGAACAUGUGGCGUGGGAGAUUCAUCAAUAUCGGAAGAUAACGAACAGUAUAAACGUUUAUCAGUGAGAGAACGAACUCGUAUGUUCACUACAAAUAGUUCUCCAAUGGCGCCAGGUGAUAAAAAGACAUCCAAUGUAACAGGUGUUGUAAAUGAAAAAUAA